AUGACAGAAGUUACACAAUCGAAAUUGAUAAAAAGUACUCGAGAAGAAGCUUUAAAUAAUUCAGAAUUGGCAGAAACUAAUGUUUCGCAAGGUGACACAAAGCAGAUGAAUAUGUUUCAAUCGAUCAAUGAUGCAAUGCGUAUCGCGCUAGAUACUGAUGAGACAGCUGUGAUUUUUGGAGAAGAUGUAGCUUUUGGUGGUGUAUUUCGGUGCACUUUGGGACUUUCUGAAAUGUUUGGCAGAGAUCGCGUGUUUAACACACCAUUAUGUGAACAGGGCAUUGCUGGAUUUGGCAUUGGCAUGGCUGCAAUGGGACAUACAGCAAUUGCAGAAAUUCAAUUUGCGGAUUAUAUUUUUCCAGCAUUUGAUCAGCUUGUGAAUGAAGCCGCCAAAUAUAGAUAUCGCUCAGGUGGUAUAUUUAACGUUGGUGGUUUAACAGUUCGUUCACCUUGUUCAGCAGUGGGACAUGGUGGGCAUUACCACUCUCAAACUCCAGAAGGUUAUUUUGCACAUACUCCUGGAUUAAAGAUUGUCAUGCCUCGAAGUCCAAUACAAGCCAAGGGGCUUUUAUUAGCAUCUAUAAGGGAUCGAAAUCCU